CAAAGGCCGUACGUAUUCCAGCUGUUUGGCAGGUGACACUCCUGCUUCAGUUUUGACACUCCACCAAAUCAGCGAUCUACAGAUUAUUGCACAGACGCGAGACGUCCACACCAACAGCUGCAGACAAGCUCUCAAUUCGCCUCCAACCCAUUUUUACCGCCUAUACCAGCACCCAAAAUGGCGGACCCAAAAGAGGAGGACGAUGUCAAGUCGAACAAGCGGAGCCAUUCAGAUUUCGCCGAGCAGGAUGAGGCUGACAGUUCUUCCGACGAUGACAUGGGACCGCAGCUGCCAUCGGCAGCCCCGAAGAAGAAGCGACGAGUUCUUCCCUACGAGAAGCUGUACAUAUCGGCGCUGCCCAAGUCCGCCCGGUACUCGAGGUCCCUGAUGCACAAGGAACCGCUCUCAUUCGUGACGAUGACGCCCCUCACCGAAUUCCUCAUCACGACGUCUGUUGAUGGUGUAGUCAAGUUCUGGAAGAAGGUCGCCGAGGGGAUCGAGUUCGUAAAGGAGUUCAAGGCCCACCAGGGCGAGGUCGUGUCCGUGUCAGUUAGCCAGGACGGCAGGAGCUUUGCCACUGCUGGUGCCGACAAGUCAGUCAAGAUUUUUGAUGUCAUCACCUUUGACCUGCUGGCUAUGCUCCAACUUGACUUCUCGCCGCGUUGCAUAUGUUGGGUCCACAAGAAAGGCGCGUCUCUGCCGCUCCUGGCCGUCUCGGAGAACGACAAGCCCCUGAUCCACGUUUAUGACGGGCGCGGGGAGACGGAGGAGCCUCUCCAUACUCUCAAGGGCUUGCAUCGGGGCGUGGUGACGCUCAUGUCGUUUAAUGAUAGAUUUGAUUGCGUGAUAUCGGCCGACGAAAACGGCAUGAUCGAGUACUGGAGGGCCAGCGGCAGCUACGAGAAGCCCGAUAACGUCUUCCAGUACAAAAGCUCAACCAACCUUUUCGACUUCAAAAAGGCAAAGUCGGUCCCGACUUCGCUUACCAUAUCGCCGGACGGCAACCAGUUCGCCACCUUCUCCUUCCCCGACAGGAAGAUCCGCAUAUUCGAAUUCGCCUCUGCCAAGUUGCAUCGGACCUACGACGAGUCGCUGAAGGUCAUCGAGGAGAUGCAGCAGGCGGGAACCGCCAUCCAGAAGCUAGACAAUGUGGAGUUUGGGCGGCGCCUUGCCCAGGAGCGAGAGCUCGACUCGCCGGCCUUCCGCGACAAGUUCAACAUCAUAUUCGACGAAUCCGGGAAUUUCAUCAUGUACGGCUCCUACCUGGGCAUCAAGGUGCUCAACACAUUUACCAACCAGAUCGUCAAGGUGUACGGCAAGGACGAGAACUUCAGGCCCCUGGGACUUGCUAUAUAUCAAGGCCAGCCCCAGAAAAAGGGCGUCACCACCGUCGCAAUGGCGGCGUCGAGCAACCCACUGCUCCAAGAAUCCGAGACCAGAGACCCGAUCCUCGUCGCCACAGGAAUCGGGAGAGUGCGGUUCUACAUGUUCACGAACGAGGAAGAGAUCUCCAAGUCGACGAGGGACGUCCAGAACGAGAAGCCGACGAUGCUCGGCCAGAAGAAGGCCGAGCAGAAGAAGGCGGCCGAGACGGGGACUGCCGCCGUCAUCCACACGACGUACGGCGACAUCCACAUCCGCCUGUUCCCUGACGCAGCGCCCAAGGCGGUGGAGAACUUCGUGACCCACUCCAAGAGGGGCUACUACAACAACACCAUCUUCCACCGCGUCAUCCGCAAGUUCAUGAUCCAGUGCGGCGACCCGCUCGGAGACGGCACCGGCGGCGAGAGCAUCUGGGGCAAGGAGUUCGAGGACGAGUUCAGCAGCCUCAAGCACGACAAGCCCUACACGGUGAGCAUGGCCAACGCGGGCCCCAACACCAACGGGAGCCAGUUCUUCAUAACCACAGAGAAGACGCCUUGGCUGGAUAAUAAACACACCAUCUUCGGGCGGGCGAUCCAAGGUCUCGACGUGAUCCACAAGAUUGAAAAUGCCCGGAGUUACAAGGAGAGGCCCGAGGAGGACAUCAAGAUCCUGAAUAUCGACAUUGUAUAAAAGCUCGGCUUAGCCCUGAAGUCCGGCAUUGGCUGAAGUCGAGGCCGACUUUUGCCCUCGGAUUCACCCAGAAGGAAACGGUUGGAUAGGCCAUGCCUUCAAGUCGGCUCCCUGGAACGGAGUGUAGAGAAAGGACGAGAAGGGAAUAGAGGUAGCACACCGAAAAUAAAUCUGCGGAAAAAGGGCACUAGAUAGGUUGGAGAAGCUGUACCACGAGUUACGUGUCGAUGUCAAGUUCUAUAAUGGGCAAGCGCGCGUCGUGAGGAUCAUCAAUUUCAUCAACUAGCUAUUGAGUCUCUCGAGCUCCCAAUGAUCGAGGCUGACCAUCCUUAAACUCCCAAAGACCGUAAAAGAUAGCUACCAUAGCACAGUCUACAAACAGUCAAGACCACUCGUCCGAAG